AUGAAAAGCGUUUUACUUUUGACAAGGGAGGAGGAGGGCAACGCGAAGGAGGAGGCCACUCAAAUAAAGAGUAACCAUCUUCAUGGCACGCGAAACGCAACAGACAUGAUUUUCUUCUCGCUUAUUCUUCCCCUUUUACUGUACGCCGUCUAUUUGAUCCGCGAGUUCCAAAAGCACCUCGACCAGAAAAAUAGACUCAAGAAGUGGACGCUCUUUCGCAAGUUGAAGGAUGACCUUUUCAGAAGAAAAGCGCUAGAAUUCGAAGAAGCGGUGAAGUUUCCGACGAGAAUUGGCUCGCCGGAAGUGGAUCAUAAUAAUCGAAAAGCAUCAGGUGUUGAGUUGCCUAAUGGACUGAUCUUUCCUUGCAAGGACAUUUGCCUCGACGGAGAUUUCCGGGAGAACUUGGUUGAUUGUGGAAAGUGCUUGUAUCGAAAUUGGAAGCCAUGUGAAGAUGGAAUCUACCCCCACGAAGAGAACUGCAACCAGUUCUACACCUGCAUUAACGGAAAGCGCCUUCCCGACUUGACUUGCCCCGGAAGCCUCCUUUUCAACCCUGAAACAAGCAUGUGCGCCUUCCCAAACACCGUCAAGUGCCACGUCCAAUUCCCCAAGUACGAGUGUCUUAAAACUUGCGACGACCUCAAAUGCGUUGCCGAAUGUCUCGAGUGGAUCCCAACAACAACGACCACCACAACCACUACCACAACUACGACUCGAGAACUGACCUUCCCGGAGAUUGAGCUUCCAGAAUUUGAUCUUGAAAAGUGUCUUGCUGAAUGCGGCUGGUUUGAUUUCAGCUGCAAUGCGGAAUGCCUUCUUCAGACUUCAACUGAAGAACCAACAACAACUACCACGACAACAACCACCCCUGAGCCAACCACUACCACUCAAAAACCAACCACCACAACCACCACCACAACUACUACUACAACAACAACUACUACAACCACUACCACCACGACAACAACGACUCCAGAGCCAACAACGACUACGACUGAAGAACCAGCUGGAUGUGCCGAUGGUCUUCAUCCCCAUCCCACCGAGUGCAACAAAUUCCUCUCAUGUGCCAAUGGCAACGAGUGGAUCAUGGAUUGCCCUGCUGGACUCCACUUCAACCCUGAACUUUUGGUUUGCGACUGGCCGAAUAAUGUCAACUGCGGUGAGCCAACUACGACCACUCAAGAACCAACCACCACCACAACCGAAAAGCCAGAGGAAGAACCUGCUGAAGGUUGCGCUGAUGGCCUCCAUCCCCACCCUACCAAGUGUGACAAGUACCUCUCCUGCGCCAAUGGCAUUGAAUGGACCAUGAACUGCCCAAGUGGCCUCCAAUUCAACACUGAACUCCUUGUCUGCGAUUGGCCCGAAAAUGUGAACUGCGUCGACGGACCUAACAAUGGCAACAACGGUAACAAUGGUAACAAUGACAAAAACUGCAACAACACCAACGAAGGCAACAACGGCAAAAACUGUCCAAAGUAA